GCGACGAGGCGAAGAGAGCUAAGCGGAGAUAAAACGAGGAUGAGUGAGAGGCCUUGCAAAGUGCAGGGGUGAGGUAUGAGGUUGCAAACCAGCUGAGAAACUAGAAAACCUGCUGCUUUCAAUGUAAACACACAGUAACCAUGCCAACCCCGCUGCCGACCUGGCACAAGAGGACCCGGACCACAGCCGGACACACGUUCCUGCGCUUAUUCUUCUUUGUUAUCUUCAACCUCCAGGUAACAGGAUCAGUGCUUGAAAGUCUGAUAGCGAAACGGACCAAAUACUUGGAGAACUGCAACAGCACUCUGGCAACAAGCGCAUUCUCAGAAACUGGAGUCUUCUGUAAAGGAAUGUUCGACAGAUUUGUGUGUUGGCCCCAUUCAUCUCCUGGGAACGUGUCCGUCCCCUGUCCGUCGUACUUACCGUGGAUUAGUGAGGACGACUCCAGGAGAGCACAUCGAGAAUGUUUAGAAAACGGGAGAUGGCGACGGAGGGAGAAUUCCUCCGAGCCUUGGAGGGAUGAAUCAGAAUGUAAAGAAGACCAUUACUUCAAAGACAAAGAGGACGAAAUGCUUCGCCAGACAUCCCUCAGGCUCAUCUCUGUCAUUGGCUAUUCCCUGUCCCUGUCCUCUCUCACACUGGCAACUCUCCUGAUGGGCAUGUUGAGGAAGCUCCACUGUACCAGGAACUACAUUCACAUGAAUCUGUUUGUGUCGUUCAUCCUGAGAGCCACGGCUGUCAUCUCCAAGGAAAUCGUAUUAUACGUCAUGUAUUCCAAGCUACCCAAGGACGACCCUGGAUGGAACUCCUACUCGAGCUCUGCGAUAGCGUUGAUGUGUAAAUUCUCCAAAGUGUGCAUGGAGUACUUUGUGGCCUGUAACUACUUCUGGCUCUUGGUGGAGGCCAUUUUCCUCCACAUGCUGCUCUUCACAGCUGUGCUGACCAAGAGACGUCUGCUGAAGAAAUACAUGCUGCUAGGAUGGGGAACACCUAUUUUGUUUGUAACACCAUGGACAGUGGUCAAGAUUGUAUAUGAAAACACAGAAUGCUGGUCGAUUGUGAACAGAUGGUUCUGGUGGAUAAUAAGGGGACCGAUUACUUUAUCGGUGCUGGUCAUUUUCUUCAUAUUCAUCAAGAUUCUGAUGCUGCUGUUGUCCAAGCUGAAAGCAGAUCAGGUGAAGUUUACAGACUACAGAUACAGCCUGGCCAGAGCAACACUGGUACUGAUUCCUCUGUUGGGAAUCCAUGAAGUGGUCUUCACUGUGCUGAUAGAUGAAUGUAUAGAGGGCAGCAGUCGCUACGCCAGGAACUUCAUCAACCUCACCCUCAGCUCCUUUCAGGGAUUCUUGGUUGCUGUGCUGUACUGUUUUGCUAAUGGAGAGGUCCAAGCUGAACUGAAGAAGCGCUGGCAGCUUUUCCUGUUCACCAACCACUUCCAGCUCACGAGCUGUUUUCGGAGUGUGCCCCUCAAGCACCUGUGGAAGUGCACUCGAGGGCGCCGUCCACCGCGCUCUCAGCAGAGUGACUCCUAUGACGAGGGUGGCCCUUCCAGAACACAUCCGCACCUGCUUCAGGUGGCUGUACAUGGAGGAGAUGUAGGACUUGGAUUUGGAGAAGUUAGAAGUCAGGGACUGAGGGGCUGUGACACAACAGGGCUUGAAUUUCUCACCAGGAAGAGCCUGUCCAGUAGUGAUGGAGAGAUGACGCUCGGGGAGACCAUGGAGGAAAUUCUGGAGGAAAGCGAGUUCUGAUCCCCUUUAGCUUGUUGACUACUUUUAUCACCUGAGAUGGAUGGGUUAUUGACGAGCUGCCCCAUUUUUGUAUCAGUUGGUUUGUGAUAAUUUGAUUAAUUGCAAAUUU